UUAUUGAGGUCUUCAUCAGGGCUCCACAAAUUUCAUCAUACACAAGGUAUGGAUUUACUCCAGGCAAUUUCCGACUGGUUGAUGCAAUGGUUCGGCCGACAGUUAAGACCAAGUCCGGAAAACUGUGAAAAACGAUUUUUAAGCAGAGAUGAUGGUUCACGAGAGACGGUCAUUAAAGACGAGAUCGAUGCAAUAAACAAAAUAAAUUUCGAAAAAAUAAGAGAAAAAUACGAAAAUGGUGAAGAUCUCAUGCCGAACUGUGAUGUUGGCGUUUGGCUCAGGGAUUGCAAGAAGGAAAUUAUAAAACCGAUACUGGGUGAAAUACAAGGCGAAAUUCCUGAAUGGUUGAAUGGAAAUUUGUUCAGAAAUGGUCCAGGUGGUCUUUCAGUCGGAGAAACAAAAUUCAAACACCUUUUCGAUUCAACUGCCAUUAUACACAAAUUUCACAUUCAAAAUGGCAGGGUGACAUAUCAAUGUAGAUAUCUUAAAAGUAGGACGUAUGAAAAGAACCACACUGCUCAAAGAAUAGUUGUGUCAGAAUUUGGCACAGCACCAGUACGGGAUCCUUGCAUGACAAUUUUUCAAAAGUUUUCAUCAAUUUUUGAGCAAGAUGUAUCUGACAACUGUAUGAUUUCCAUAUAUCCAUACAGGGAUCAGCUGUACACUCAUGGUGAAACGCCUACAAUGUACAGAAUCGAUUCAAAAACUUUAGAUACUGUUUGUUCUGUACAAGUAGAUAAAUACAUAAACAUAGCACAUCACACUGCACAUCCGCAUGUCCUUGAAUGCGGCACUAUAUACAACCUUGGUACAACUGUCGAACCGACUGGUCCCAAAUAUUGCAUCUUUAAUUUUCCACAUACUAAAUUAGAUGAACCAAAGGCCAAGGAUAUUUUUUCUGAAGCGAAAAUAGUGGCAAAGGUCAAAACCAGAUGGCCUGCUCAUCCAGGGUACAUGCACAGUUUUGGUAUGACGGACAACUAUUUCAUUAUAGUCGAACAGCCGAUGAGCAUUGCUCUUCCUGAAAUGUUUUUUGUGAACAAAAUAAAAAACAGGCCUUCAUCCGCAGCACUCAAAUUCUACAAAGAUCACCCUACAUUGAUCCACCUCAUCUCAAGAAAAACAGGAAAGCCAGUUUUCAAAUUCAAUGCUGAGCCGUUUUUCUAUCUUCAUAUAAUUAACCAGUAUGAAAUAGAAGACUAUGUUAUUCUGGACAUAUGUGUUUACAAAGACCCAUCAAUGAUAGACUGCAUGUUCAUCGAAGCCCUCAAAGAAGCAAAGCACAAUCCGAAUUAUGCAAAAAUGUUCCGAAGUCGUCCAGUUCGGUUCGUUCUACCUUUAAGGCAGCCAAAAAUGCAAAAGAAUCUUGUCACGCUCAAAGAAACAAACGCCAGGGCUUACUGGUCCAAAGGGAAAAUAUAUGCUGUACCGGAAAUCCUGUGCAAAAUUGGAUGCGAGACCCCAAGGAUAAAUUAUCCUUUAUAUAUGGGGAAAAAAUAUAGAUACUUUUAUGCAAUUUCUUCUGAUGUCGACUUAGAAAAUCCAGGAACUUUGAUAAAAGUUGAUACAUACACAAAGAAAUAUAGGACUUGGUCAGAACAAGGAGUAUUUCCCAGCGAACCAAUAUUCAUUCCUAAUUUGCAAUCAAAAGAUGAGAAUGAUGGAUUAAUUUUAUCAUCCCUUCUUUGGACAUCAGAUGAAAAAAAAGUGGCACUUUUGAUACUGGAUGCCAAAACAUUUGAAGAAAUUGGUAGAGCGGUGUUCAGAACACCAGAGCCAAUACCAAAAUGCUUGCAUGGAUGGUUUAUUAAUUUAAAAUAUUUGGAAUAAUUAUUAAUUAUUAGUUUAUGUUAAUAAACUAAAGGGCAUAAAAUCAAUUUAUUCAUCAGCUUUGUAUAAAUAUUUUGGGAUAAAACAAGACACUCACUAAGUGAAAAACAACAACAAAAUUUUUAAAAAUUAUAUAUUUUUAAGUUUUGCUUGUUUUGUUUAACAUCC